AUGGGUACAGGCAAGAAGGAGGCCUCACGUAAAGUGAGGCAGGGGAAGGUUGACGAUGGCAUGGCCAACGUGCGGAUGAAAGGUGAAAAUUUCUACCGCGAUGCCAAGAAGAUCAAGACGUUGAACAUGUUCAAGGAUGGCAAGGCUCGACGCAACGCCGCGGGUGAAAUCACCGUUGCCGCCUCCUACCAAUCUCGUGAUGCCCCCGUUGCUCGUAUUGAGCCCAACCGGAAAUGGUUCGGUAACACUCGGGUUAUCUCCCAGGAGGCCUUGACUUCUUUCCGCGAGGCUGUCGCUGAGCGUGCGUCUGAUCCGUACCAGGUGCUGCUGAAGACCAACAAGCUCCCCAUGAGCUUGAUCCACGAUAACAAGGGCGUGAACGGUCUGAAGCAGCAUCAGGCUAAGAUGGAGAUCGAGAACAACCCAUUCGGCGAUACCUUUGGACCCAAGGCCCAGCGCAAGCGUGUCAAGCUGGGAGUUACUUCUCUGGAAGAUCUCGCCGGCGAAACCGCCAAGGUGCACGACUCAUACCUCGAGAAGACGGACCAGGGCACCCACGAGGAUGGUACCCCCAUCGUCGCUAGUGAUGUCGGUGCGGUGGAAGAUACCACCUUCACCACUGCUCGUGAGUCUGUCUUCUCCAAGGGUCAGAGUAAGCGUAUCUGGAACGAGCUGUACAAGGUCAUUGACUCAUCUGACGUUGUUAUCCACGUUCUGGAUGCCCGUGACCCCGUUGGCACUCGCUGCCGCAGUGUUGAAAAAUACAUCCGCGAGGAAGCACCCCACAAGCAUCUGAUCUUUGUCUUGAACAAGACCGACCUGGUUCCUACUGGUGUUGCUGCUGCUUGGGUUCGUCAUCUGUCUAAGGACUACCCGACUCUUGCGUUCCACGCAUCUAUCAACAACUCCUUUGGCAAGGGUUCUUUGAUCCAGCUUCUCCGCCAGUUCUCUGCCCUGCACUCGGACCGUAAGCAAAUCUCGGUUGGUUUGAUUGGAUAUCCCAACACGGGCAAGUCCUCCAUCAUCAACACUCUUCGCAAGAAGAAGGUCUGCACGGUCGCUCCUAUCCCUGGCGAGACCAAGGUGUGGCAGUAUGUCACUCUGAUGAAGCGCAUCUACCUCAUCGACUGCCCUGGUGUUGUCCCGCCCAACCAGAACGACACUGAAGAGGAUAUUCUUCUGCGUGGUGUUUGCCGUGUCGAGAACGUGGAGAACCCUGAGCAGUACAUUCCCGCUGUCCUACGUCGUGUCCAGCCCCGCCACCUAGAGCGCACCUAUGGCAUCAAGGAGCCCCAGGAUGCCAUCGACUUCCUCAGCCGACUUGCUCGCAAGGGUGGUCGUCUGUUGAGGGGAGGCGAGCCUGACUUGGAUGGUGUGGCCAAGAUGGUUAUCAACGAUUUCCUUCGCGGAAAGAUCCCUUGGUACACUCCUCCCCCCAAGGGAGACGGUGGCGACAACGAGAAGAUCGAGGGUCGUGAGGGCCGCCUGGGCGAGAUGGGUCGCAAGCGCAAGCUGGAUGAGACUGCCUCUGAGCCCGCCGAUGAAGCCGAGUCUUCCGAGUCGAAGGCUGACGGUGAAUUCGAAGGCUUUGACGAUGAGGAUGACGACGAUGAUUCCAUCGCGAACCUCGAGAUCAGCGAUGUCGAGAGCGGCGAGGAGGAUUGA